UUACGCUUAUAUAUUUCUCUUUAAGUUUAUCUCUGCUUCUGUGUUACUAUCUGAUGCUCCUAUCUUCCUGCUAGAAGCCCUAUAAAUGGUUGUAAAUACUCAUUUCAGUCUUGGUAAUGUUUGUCUUGUUUAACUGUUCUUAGUCUGCAUCUGCUACAAAGUACAAAUAUGUUUGUAGCACUGCUUUCAUGAUCCGUUCCCUGCUACAAUCUUACAUUGCUGUUUUCCUCGCUAUACUUGUAGCUAACUGGAAGGAUGCUUUUUCUUCAAUGAACGCUUUGAAACUACAAGAUCUUAGAAUACCGAUUUGGGAGGGAAAGCAACCAACUGUAUGAAAAAUCACUUUUUUGUCAAAUACUUUUUUAAAAAAUCGAAUACCUUUAAGAAGAGCAGUAGGAAAUACAUUUACUUAAUGUUCUCAUUGUUUAUCCUGAAGUAAAUCCCCAUGUAACAGAGAAGACAACAGUGAAGUAUUCUCUCAUGUAGUGGAUUGGUUGAUUGAGCUUUUAUUUGGAUAUUUUUUCAUUUUCUUAAUUGCUUCAUUAUGCUACCUGAUUGCUUGGCAGUUUUCUUUGAAGUCCUUUAAAGAACCCCCAACUACUUCCUUCCGUAGAAAGCUUGGCACCCACAGCAUUGGCCAAGAAGGGCAAAGGAACAAGUUAAUGAUUGUUCUGCUCCUCCUCUGACCUUGCCCUUUGUAACCAGCAGCAAAAGUGAAAGAAUUCUGAUGAGGGUGGUUGUUUGUUUGUGGUAUUUUUUGACUGCUUCCACUGAUAUGAGGCAGACUUGUGUUUGCUAUCAGAAAAGUAAAACAAAAAAAAAAAAGUGUGAUCAUAUCUCGAUUUUAGAAGUAUGAAAAAGGAUUUCAUUUGAUCGUGUAUCUGUGAUAGGGCUUCUGUGUCUGUUGCUGUCCUCCCAGAGUGGGUGAGACAGCAUCAGGGAGCUGAAGAGUUCCAGAAAAUCCAAUUUAUAGUCGAUACAGAAUUUCCUAGGAGAGAGAUGUCUGGAUCAUGGGAUUUUUUUCUGUCUGCUGUUAACAGUCUUUCUCCUUUUUGCUGCCCUCUAGUUUUUAAUUCCAGGACUUUGUUUUGUUUUCUUUGGAUUUUUUUGAGUAUCUCCAACUUAUAUCCCUUGCUAAUUUUAGUAAAACAUCUACAUUUCAGAUUUUCCCUGACCUCAGACUCUUUCAACUUAAGAAUAUAUUUUAGUUUGGAUUUCUUAACCGCAAGAGAAUUUUAAAAUGUUUUUUUGGUCAUAAUUUUGAAGUUGUGCCUUCAGAAACAAUGCUAAAGGUUAUGUGAAAAGGAAGUUUUUUAAUCUCUGUUUUUUUCUAUCAACAGGAAUGUAAAUACUGUAAUUGCUUCUAAAGAUUGGUGGAAAAUAGGGAUGAAACCAGUAUCUGCUUUGAUUAAUCUAUUGCUGUGCUUGGUCUGAUUGGAUGCUAGUUUCUUAGGGAGAACUAUUAUGCAAAUUUGUCCCACUCUUGUCUAUGGAGAGCCCUCCUGUGAAUCCGUUUUUCUUGUUUAUUGCUCUAUUCUGUACCCAUAUUACUUCUUCAUGAAGAAAAAUACAAUGUGAAAAUAAUUCUCAGAAUGGAAACCUAAAGGAGAGCCCUGCAUAUGAGGAGAUGACGUGUAAUGUCCCUCCUAAUCCCGACAGUGCCACUGCAGACGCUGCCCAUGGCCAGGACUGGGCACAGGAACGCUGCCGGCUGGGAACGUUUGUUGAAUUCCCCCUUGGCUGCCCGGUGCCGGCGGCAGCACUGGCACGAGCUGGCUUUGUUUACACUGGAGAAGGUGACAAAGUGAAGUGCUUCAGUUGCCAUGCAGUUGUGGAAGGAUGGGCGUCUGGGGAUUCUGCAGUUGAGAGACACAAACAGCUUUCCCCAAACUGCAAAUUUAUUACUGACUCUGCUUUUCUGGAAGAUGAUGUGGAUCCUGUAGGCCAGAACUACCAGCACAGAACUGAAAAUGGUUCCAGCAAUUCAGCCCUCCUGUGUGCUCUGGAUGACCCUGACGUGGAGGCAGAUUACCUUUUGAGAACUAGGCAGGUUGUGGAUAUGUCAGAUAGUUUGUAUCCUAGAAACCCUGCUAUGUGCAGCGAAGAAACAAGGUUGAAGUCUUUUCACAACUGGCCCCUCAAUGACCAACUGACACCAAAGGAAUUGGCUAAUGCUGGGUUUUAUUAUACAGGGGUUGGUGAUCAAGUGGCGUGUUUUUGUUGUGGUGGAAAAUUAAAGAACUGGGAACCCACCGACAGAGCUUGGUCAGAACACAAGAGGCAUUUUCCCAAAUGCCUUUUUGUACUGGGCCGGGAUGUUGGAAAUGUUCCAAGUGAAUCUAUUCCCGAUGAGUUUGGGAUAAGUGGUCUGAACAAUGCACAGCACCCAAGGAAUCCAUCUAUGGCAAAAUAUGGAAGACGUUUACAAACGUUUUUAUCUUGGAUAUAUCCUGUGGACAAAGAGCAACUUGCAGAAGCUGGGUUCUACAGCGUAGGUAAUGGUGAUCAUGUUGUGUGUUUCCACUGUGGUGGAGGAUUGCAAGAAUGGAAGGAAAAUGAAGAUCCAUGGGAUCAACAUGCCAAAUGGUUCCCUGGGUGCAGAUUUUUGAGCAAGGAAAAGGGGAUAGAAUUUAUAAAUAAUGUUCACUUAAGAGAUGCAUGUAGUGAUCCAACAACAGAAGCUGCUGAAGGGACAAUACUUCCUAAAGAUGGUCUCUUACAGAAUCCUUUGGUACAAAGUGCCAUAGCCAUGGGUUUCAGUUUGUCUGAGAUUAGGAACACCAUGGAAAAGAGAUUGCAGAUGACUGGAGAAAGUCACACAUCUGUUGAGGAUCUGGUAGCAGACUUAAGUACUGAGAAAGAAAAUACAAGGGAAGAAGAACCAAAUGAAAUCCCAAUUGAGCAAGAUGAGCUUAUUCAAUUACAAAACCUCUACCUCAGCACUGAAGAGAAGUUAAGACGCUUGCAAGAAGAAAAGCUUUGUAAAAUCUGUAUGGCUAAAGACGUGUCAGUUGUCUUCAUUCCCUGUGGUCACUUAGUUGCCUGUAAGGAAUGUGCUCAAGUACUUAGUGAGUGCCCUCUGUGUCGCACAGAUAUUAUGAGAAAGCAGGACAUUUUUAUGUAUUAGUGAAAAACACAGCACUAGGGAGCAAACGUUUCCUGCUUUGUUGCAUGAAAUAUGCGCAAUGUAACGUUAAAAAUCAGUUAAUUCCAGGAUGGAACCAUAUGGCAGGAGUUAGAUUUUUCUGCUGUCAAACUAUACACGUUUUAACACUUCAAAAAUUAUUUAAAUUAUUUUUCUGAAGUGAUUUUUUUUUUGUAUGUAAAAAGCAAUAUUAAAAGGCAAAGCUGCAUAUUUUGUACCUUCAGUUCAUAGACUGAAAGCCCAAAUGAUGCAAACCUUUAUGUGAUCAUUCCUUCACUUUGGUAGGACUCUGUAUGACUGAAGUUUAUGCAAAUACAGUUUAUAAAGAGCCUGUCCCUGUAUAAAAUUUGUAAGUAAGUUAAUUUAAAAUACUAUUGUAUACAUGUGUAUUAUAGCUGAGAUUUUAACUUCUUCUUCUUCAAUGUAAGAUUGAAAAUAUUAUUUCUCACAAGAUGUGGUUGUGACAUAAUUCAGAGUAUACACACAAAGCUGCUGCUGCAAUACUUCACCUUAUGUUUACUUCUACUUUGUAAGUGUGUCUGUUAGGAUAUGUGUCUCUGUAUAUGAAAUGUACAAUAAUUUCAUUGAUUUUUGAGAACUCAACAGAAAUGGAGGACUUUUUAUGCACCUUGUGCCCCUCAUCAGAGGAGUGGGCAAGUUAAAAACUAUUUCAAUGAGAGUCACCUUAAAAUACUCAAAACUUUUUCGUACUGGACUGAGCCUCCAUUUCCAAUUAAAAAAGUAUCACAGCUUUGUAUUUAAGUACAGCUGUUUUAUGAUCACUCUUCUUAAUUAUGUGACUUCUUUUGUGGAGUACUGUGUUAUGUGUCUAUAUUUUUGAGUUCUGCACACUAAGAGAUUUAGAAUAUAGAACAUACAGAAUAUAGUUUUUCACAUGGGAAAAGUUUUAAAUCAAAUACACAGAAAUUUAAUACCUACCUUUUCUAUUUUUUUAAAUCUAUGCUGUGUAAUGUAAUGAAUAUGUAAAAUAAAGUGCAACCCAAUUGUUCCUUGA